GUCUCCUGGCCUGAAGGGGUAUUGCCGCCUUUCUUUCUCAUGGCUUCCCGGGGACUGUUAGAGAAAGAGUCGCUUCUUCCUGCCUCCCAGGCUGCCCAGCGGCGCCAGUUGCUGGGGAACGCAAGCGCGGUGGGAAGGGAUGGCGGGAGGUUACGGCUUGGGUGCUGUGGCCGGAUUUGAGUUGAUGAAGAGGAGCGCGGGCUCGCCAUGAAACAACGGAAAGCCCAGGGGCCUGGGGCCGGCCGCAGCCGCGGGAAGAGAGGUUUGAGUGACAUUUCUCCAUCUACGAGCCUCCCGCCCCUGGUUGAAGGCCAGCUCCGCUGCUUUCUAAAACUCACUGUUAAUAAAGUCAUAUGGAAGAUUGCAAAGCCUCCUGCUUGCGUACUUGUUCGAGUGAGAUGGUGGGGAGAAACAUCGGAAGGAACCAUCUUUUGUCCCAGGGAUGCACUGCAGACCGAGCCAAAAGCUGUGAGAACAACUACACGUUACGCUAUCCGCUGUGGUCCAAAGCAGUUUACCUCCUAUCUAACAGAUAUGGCUGUGCUGGUUCUGGAGGUGAUCACCAAACUCGAACAUCUUCCAGUUGGGAGAGUUCAGAUCAGUGGACUAGCCCAGCUCUCUCCAACCCAUCACAUCAGUGGAUUUUUUGCCAUCGUUUCACAAACAUCUAAGAAACUUGGAGAACUCCAGGUUUCUCUUGCCCUGGAGCCUUUGUCAGAAACUUACAACAGUUACAAUCCUCUUCCUACCGCUGACGUGACAGAAAAUGUCCUUUUAUCUGAGCAGGGAGUCAGAGAAUAUCCCAAGGCAAGCAAUACUCAGUUUCUUGUUCCGUCAAGGCCUCAUAGGAUCCCUACCACCAAAACUGAUGGAAAAGAAUUAGCAGCCAACAGCAGUGGAUCAACCACUCCAAGGGGAAAGGACCACUUGUGCUUUGCAGAGAACUCUGAUACAACGAAGCACUCCUUCUUGGGACCACAGCACCGUCUUAAUUCAGGACAGAGUUUAGAGUCUAUGACUUGGAAAAGCAAAGCCCCACAGAAGCAGGUGUCCAUGCUCAACAGUUCUGAAUUCCAGCCUCAAAUUAGAACAGUUGCCAAGGGUCACAGUGACUCAUGCAUUCUUUCUUCAAACAACCCCCCAACCAAGGAUCUUCUUUCAGCUCUGUUAGAACAAGGCAAUAAACUCCGUAAUGCUAUGGUGAUUUCUGCAAUGAAAUCAAGCCCAGAUACUAGCAUGCUGUUGGAAGAAGUUCAUCCCUCUAUGAAAGAAGAUGUUCUUAGAGCAUCGACGCAAGUCAAAGCCUUGUCUGGGAAUCAAUUUGAAGACCACAUUGAAGAGCACCUCCCCCCUACAACUGAGAAUGCAUUUUGGAAACUCGACACAAAAGCUGAGACCGGAGCCAUACAGCUGCUCUUGGGCAGUGCUGAAUUAUCUCAGGGUCGUUCCUGGGACGGGCUCGGCUCUCCUCCAGAUUCCCCAUCUCCCGGGAGUGAUGUGUCCUGCCUCAGUGACCUCAGCGACCCUCAGUAUGACCAGAGUCUCCUGGAGAAGUUAUUUUACACAGUACCUAAAUCUGAUUCCAGCGUCAGUGAUGUCUGCAGUGAAGACGAUGGCGUUGUUCCCUCUAAAACAAUGAGCCAGUCCACAGCUCCUGCCAGCGCUCGGAAGGUUCUGGAGUCAGUGGAUCCUAAGUUGAAGAAGAGGGCCGUGGGCAGGAAAAACAGAAAUAUGGUUGAACCACAGAUCCUUUCAGAAACUCUGGAAGAUGCCCAAGCGAUGACACUAAGUGUGGAUAGACUGGCGCUUCUGGGUAGAGCACAUUCGGUCAGAAUCAUCAUUGAAACAAUGGGAGUUCCUCCAGAGAGUCCUCAGGAGACUCCUGGCAAAAAAAACUUCGCUGGGAGAGCACCUAAGCCGACAGCAACCAAAAAGCGCACCUUCUUUGUGGAAUAUCACUUUCCUGUGGGCUUUUCCAAGAGUAGAUUGGCAAAGACAGCUUUGAUCACUGAGGUCGUUCGACUCGCAUCCAGUAAAAUUACAGAUGGAACGGUGAAAUUCCAGCAGAGAUUUGUGUUUCCAGUACAGUUUGGUGGCCCGAUGAUAGAACACUGGUGGAGUUCCCGUCUCACUUUCCAAAUUUACACAAAGAAAACCCCGCAGAAAAAGCCAGAAGUCAUCGGAUCUGCAUCACUCCCUUUGAGAGCUGUCAUUCAGUCUGAGCUGCUUUCUUUCAGUGACCAGCUUCCAGUGCAACAGGAAAAUGAGCAGACCGCACUUGGCCCCCUCAAGGUAACUGUGGAGCUGGUUAUAGAUAACAAGGAUUUCGCGGCUAACAAUACAAAGCUAAGCAGCACCACCCACCAUCCUCCACUUUGUGCUCUUUCAAGUCCAGAUAAGACACUGCCAGAACCUCGCCAACAUGUUACCGGUACCAGAAGUCCACAGAGCUUAAACCAAAUUCAAGAAGAAACUGUAAAGAAAACGCAGAAUUUGGUACUCCCCACCCCAAAGUCACCAAGCCCUGUUGUACCAAAUUCUUCAACCUUCAUGGCUGUGCCGGCCUCUCAUGAUUGGAUAAAUCAGAUAAGCGGGUCAGCAAGUGAGAAUGCUUUGCUGUUGCAUGUGCUGUUGAUGGUGUCUGAUGGGAAAGAUUUCAUGACUGGAGAAUCUGAGAAGCAACCACCAUGCAAUAUUUAUUUAAAUUGCAAACUCUUCAGCACAGAGGAGGUCACCAGAUCUGUCAUCGCGUGGGGCACAACAAAACCAGUCUUUAACUUUUCUCAGGUGACUCCCGUCUCUCUGUCUCCCAACUGCCUGGAGAGGCUCAGGAACAACAUGAUGGUUAUUGAGACCUGGAACAAGGUGCGGCGCCCCGGACAGGACAAGCUGCUUGGGCUGGUGAAGCUCCCGCUCCAUCAGUUUUACGUGUCAUUCAAAGACCCUAAGAUUUCUCGCCUGCUGCUUGAUGCUCAGUAUCCAGUUGUUGCUGUCGACAGCUAUAUGCCUGUGAUUGACGUGUUCUCAGGCCACCAAAGUGGGAGUCUUCGAGUCCUUUUAGCUAUGGGCUCUUCAGAGCAGAUAACAGCAGUGCAGAGGUUAAAGAAUGAAGAAGGAACAUUUCCUCCCUUCAGCCCCAGGCCAGCCCGUUUCCUGGACCAGCCGUCUGUGCCGUCCGUUUCUAUGGCAGGGGACCAAGGAAAUGGAUUGAUGGAGCAUCACUUUGAACUCCGUGUGGACAAGGUGAAAGGGCUCGCCCCUCUUCAGGCAACAGUCUGGGGAGAAGCAGAUUGUUACGUCCAGUACUACUUCCCGGUUCAAGACCCGCAGGCCGGGGCGCCGAAAGGACCAGAGUUCCCCGAAAGCGGCCUCUCUCUGAAGCCUUUCAGAUCUGCAGCCACACUGUGUGUUCCAGACCCCGUCUUUAACAGUGAGCACCAUCACUCCCUCCUGUUGCCAAGAGAAGUUCCGGUGCAGAGGGUCCUUCUCAGCGCCUUCUCUGCGCUCGGGCUUGGACCUGGAGGUGGAGUCCAGUUUGAAAUCUGGUGCAGAUACUAUUAUCCUAACGUGAGGGACCAGAUGGUCGCCAGGGGAACCCUGCCGUUGUCGAGGAUCUGUGCCCUUGUUACCACGCAGCACCGUGAGGAUGUGGGGACACAGUCCUUCAAUCUCCCGUUAGCCUCCAGGCUAGAGGCUAAGAGCGACCUGAGGAGCCAGUCGUCAGGUUUACUGGAUGUGGACCUGAGGUACAGACGUACUCCGAGGUCAGCAGAGGGAGUUCCUGCUGCCCGAGCUGUCUCCAUCUCGGUCCAUAUCAUCAGAGCCUGUGGUUUGCAGGCAGCAGCCAAGGCUUUGGCUGAGCAGGAACCUGCUCUACAGUUUAGCGCCACAGUCGGGGUCAAUGCCUUUGUCACCACUCAUCUCUCCUUCCUGCCCAAGGGAGAGCAGCGCCAAACCCGCCCCGUGGCCUGUUCCUUCUGCCCGGAGUUCUCCCAUCACAGUGAGUUCUCGUGUGACUUGGUAACGCAGCACCUCGGUGGAGAGGCCUGUCUCCUGGCAGAGCUCUUGGAGUUUGCAGAAGUUACUUUUGCUGUUUAUCAUGAAGAUACCAGGUCAGCCAGUGAUAUAACCAGUAUCCACUCAUUCAGAGAUUAUCUACUUGGAGUAGUAAAGAUUCCAACAAAAGAGCUGCUGAUGAAGAGAUCUGGGAUCUCAGGAUGGUAUCCUAUCCUUCUACCAGAAGAGGGGGCCCUACCUCAUGGCUUGGAGCUCCUGCACAAGGUAGUGGGUGGUCUGGAGCUUUCCAUCUCCUUCACCCGUCCGGGAGACAGAGAGCGGGUGUUGGAAGCCGCUGAGCCGUUGGGCUGGACCUUUGAGAACCAUCUGAAGGAUCUCGUCAAGGUGGGUGACGCGGAGCCAGCCACCGUCACCAUCUCCACCCCGAGGCUCUGGCUGCCCGUGCAUUGCGUGCUGCUGGCCGGCCAGAAGCACUUGCAUAAGGAUACCUACUGCUACCUCCGCUACAAGCUCUACGAUCAUGACGGCUUUUGGACCCCUCUCAAGAAGCCUAAGGAAUCUACAAACAAAAAGCAGGUCAUGGUUACUUUUAAGGCAUCCAAAAGAGCAGAAGUCACGCGGAGCCCGUCGCUGCUGUGGUACUUCAGGGAGGAGCGGUUAGAGAUCCAGGUGUGGCGAGCUUAUGGCAAUGACAGCGUGGAGAGGCCCCACCAGACCGACAGCUGGGUGGGCUCAGCCUACGUGGACCUGGCCAGACUUGGGGAGAGGUCGGCAAGGACGCUGACCGUCAGUGGUGUGUAUCCUCUCUUUGGACGGAAUGCUUCCAACCUCUCCGGAGCUGCCUUGCGAGUUCACGUGGUUCUUUCCUCUCUCUCUUCACACCCUGGGCCCCCUCACGAGCUGGACUCCAUGGACUGCAGCAGCCACAGCGAGUCUGAGCAGCUCCCCAGAGGAAACGAUGAGACCCAGCUCUCUCCACCACGUGGCCGCCCGCAGUCCCCAGCCUCCACGCAGGUCCCCUGCAGCAGCAGCACCGCAGGCGUCGGCCCCGCCCAGGAGGGCCCUGCAGAGCUGGAUGGAACUUUUGCAGCCAGUGUCUUGGUAGAAAGGGCCAUGCACUUGAGCCUGAAAGGGAGCCCCUUGACCGAGCGGAAAGUCUCAGUACCCAGUUGUUGCGUUUCCUUUGCAACAGCUGAUGAGCCAUCUCCUGUCUUCACCCAAGUGGUUGAAAACACAGAUUCCCCCAUCUGGAAUUUUCAACAGCAGUCAAGGCUAUCGAAAGAGCUUCUUCUGGACCCACAGCAAACUCUGGUCUUCAAAGUUUGGCAUAAAGGAGGUGAGGAGAGGGUGAUUGGUUUCGCCUCGGUGGACCUCUCCCCGCUGCUCUCUGGCUUCCAGUUUGUCUGCGGCUGGUACAACAUCACAGACUUCAGUGGCGAGUGCCAAGGGCAGAUAAAGGUUGCUGUCUCCCCUUUGGAGAGUUUAAUGCGCUUCAAAGAAGAAAGACAAGCAAGACGUGGGGUGAAGACUCCAGGAUCACUGAUGCCAGUACACAGCCCUUUCUCCUUCCCCGCCUCUGAUGUGUUGGCUACGUUCCCUGGCUGCUUUGCAGUUCAGACUCCAGAACAUGUUGCCCACACCUCCUCGGAGGCUGAUUUUUCCUCUCCUGGGAGAAGCGGUCCCACCAGAAGCCAGGCAUCACGCCAUGAAGAGCAUGUGCAGAACAUCCGCCGAUUUCAUGAGUCCCUGCAGCAGAGUGAGGCCGUCUUGCCAAGUGACGACAGACUGCCCGCAUCGCCCUUGUCCUCCCAUGCGUCCAUUCUGACUUCUCUCAGACGGAAUCUGAGUGAGCUGGAUCAGAUCCAGAAGUACUUCAGCCAGAAGCUCACCAAGCCUCUACUUCCCCUCAGCCCUCCAAUCCCUGCGGCCAUCCUGCAGUGCCAAGAGAGCCAGAGGGAGCAUCUGCAGCCAGGUGCCAGCAGCCUAGCCUCCGACAGCCAGUCCCUGGUGGAGAAAUCCAAUAACCUGGUGCUGCAAGUCAGCUCCUUAAUCACGGAUCUGCAGAACAUCGCCAGGAGCUCUCAAGGAUCUCUGAGUCCUCGCCGAGCCAGGAGUAGAAGCAGAGGAGUCAACACCCUCCCAGACACUCAGGACGCAGUGGCCGUGCAAGACCAAGGCACAGCUCCAGACCUGCCUGUGGCAGGAGCCCCAGAUGAGGGCCCAGACGCCCCGCCUCCCCCUCCCGUCGAAGCGACUUCAGGUGGCAGAGGCCUGCCUCCUGGGUGCCCGGGGCACACAGGGCCCAUGACGAGAACGCAGAGCAGCGAGGACCCCGGGGACCCUGGGGCAGGCCCGGCCUGCAGCGACGAGGACUACGAGGAAGACCUCGUUGAGCCCCGGACCCUCAACGAGAUGACCACCGUGACAGACAGAACCAGCCCUUGGUCCAGUUUCACGUCAGACGCAAGUGGGAUCCUCAGCCCUGAGCCUGACGAGGUGCAGAGGAACGGCCCCUCUUGUCCUUCAGAGCCUUUCCGCAGAGAGGAGCUCGACGUCAGAAGCCACUUUCUGUCCGGCCCAGAAAGGGCUGUCGAGCCCCCCUUGCCUGGGCGGGGUUCUCCUGGCCGAAGUCUUGUUCCUUGUGAGGGUGAGGCCUCUGAGGCCGGGGUCGGCGGGCCUGUCUCAGCAGCCCCUCUGCUCAGCUCCCGUGUGACCCUCUCAGGAGCCCAGCAGAGCGAGAGCUGUCUUGGCUGGAACUCACCGAAGGCAAACCAGGCCCAGGAGCCCACACCAGAGGCCCAGGCUGAGGAGGAAGUUGCCUCUGAUGAGCUAAGUGACUCUGGUGAGAGCUCUGAGCAAUCCCCUCUGUGCCCAGCCUCCCAGAGCAGAAGGGAAACCCAUGAGGAGCCAGCCAGCAGCUGCCCCGACAUCAGGCAAAGGCAGGCGACCUCUGGGUCAGAGGCGUCCACAAGGCACAGCCUCCUCCUCCCGGAGCCCAUCGUGGUGCCCAACUUCUUCCUGCCGCCCCGGCAGCUGGAGGCCUCCCUGCGGGUGCUCUCACUGUCUGCAGCUUUGCCACCACCAGCCGCCACAGAUCAGGACAAGAGCGAGGCCACCAAGGGAGCCCUGUCCCCGAGGCCGUGUCGCCCCCGACCCAACUCACUGCCUCCCACCCUGCCUGAGGAGGAAACUCGCAGGAUCGCACGGAUAUUUUCUUCCCGAUGCUCCCGGAAAGAGCCCUGCAGCCCAGGGGACUGAGGCGAGGGCCCGCACAGCUCCCUCGGCCUCAGCCGGCGACCCUCGGGGCUGAGAAAGCCCUGAAGCCACCGCCAGCCUGCUCCGCGGCCCCAGGGCCCGGACACGAGGAGCCCCCGGCCAGCUGGUCCCGCUGCCAGGCCGUGCGUGGCGAGGCAGAGGCUGGAACCCGCGUUCCCGUGCCCGAGUGGCCGCCUCGGCCGUGAGCAAGGGCCGGGCAGGUCCUCUCGGCGUCUGUCGCAGAGCCUCCGCUGUCCUCGGCCGGACGCGGGGCCGCUUUGCCUUGGGGUCCAGGCUGGGCGCGGGGAGAGGUCGUGCUUGGAGCCUGGGCGGGGGGGACUCGGGCCGCCCCCACGUCAGCUGCUUUCUAGCUGGUGUGUGUCCUGUUGAAUUGAUCAGAAGGAAAAGGGAGGGAGACGGACCCCCUUCAAACUUGGUAUCCGAUCGUCUGCGGUCCUGACCUUGCUUGUAACUUACUGUUUUCAGCAGCUGUGAAGGUCGGCGCCCCUGCCUGUGUUUGAAUAAAAUCCCAUCGGUGUU